AUGACUGCAAGAAUAAUUUUCCGUAUCACAGUUGUGGCUCUCCUGGUCUACAGCGCAGUAACUCAAAAAUGUCCUGCAAAUGGAAGAUCCGAGAGUUCCAUCUUUGGCUGGAUGUUACGAGGACACGUAUACGACACUCUUCUAGCGGAGCUUCCCUUUACAUGCGUAUUCAAGUGUCGCGAAGACAAUCGAUGCCAAAGUUUUAAUUGGGUAAUCUCUCUUCUCACCUGCGAGUUUAACAACAGGACAAAAGAGGCCAGGCCGGCGGACUUCAUUCCAAACCCGGAAAGAUCUUACUAUCCACGCGAUUUAAAGCGAGGUGAGCCAGCAUACUAGGGAGGGGGGAACUCCCUAUAAUGGGGACUAAGUUACAUUUUGCCGAAACUUCGCUUGAACAUUUAGGCUCAAAUCUGUCUUUUGGAGUAAAUUGAAGACCGAUGCUCAGAUGUCAAUAAAAACAAAGGUGGAAGUUCCAGGGGAUCGAAAGGCUUUUAAGCAACAAAUUUAAGUCCUUAACUUUUUAAGAGCGAAUGCACAGAAAAAUCGAGCAAACCGUGGCCACAGCUCAAAACCUAACCUACCCUCAUUUUAAGUCUGUGGUAAGGUUUUAAUGAAUUUAUAACACUGCUGAGGUUUAAAUUUCAAAAUGCGGCCGAGUUUGGGAAUUAUUUGAGAUUUUCGAUUUCAACGGUCAGCGGGCCUAAAAUUAGCCGCCGAACUCGGAAAAAUAGCCUAGUGACAGAAUUAAGCUGACUUUCAUAAACGAGCAAAAAUAUUGGCAAUCUUCCACUUAAAUCUCAAAAAGCAGAUAUCUAACAAUUUCUGAACGGCACAUUUUUUAGAUUUAGAGUAUAAAAUAUCGACGAACGAGCAGAAUUUUGAAACGUAAUUUGCAUAAUGCUUAUAAAUACAACAAUUUACCGCCCCUUACCAAAACCACAUAUAUGUUGCAUAUAUGUGACGUAUAUGUAGCUGUAACAUAUAUAUGUCAAAUAACUGUACAUAUAUGUGACAUAUAUGUAGAAGUUUUGAAGUGCCUAUACACAUAUGUUACAUAUAUGUAAUAUCUCAUAGGAUGAUAAGACAUAUAUGUGACAUAUAUGUAAAAGUUUUGAAAUGACCAUGCAUAUAUGUUACAUAUAUGUAAUAUCUUUCAGGAUAAUUUAACAUAUAUGUGACAUACAUGUAGAAGUGCAGUAUGAUUAUAUAUAUAUUAAUUAAUGUGCAUGCAUAAAAGGCACUUGGGACCACUCAACAUACAUGUGACAUACUUGAUGGCACCAGAAGGGAGUAUUAAAAAAAAUGAAACCCUAGAAAACUAGCAAGUGUCAGGGGGGGGACGUGGGGGGCCGGGGGGGAGCCUUAUUGACUUAAUAAAUAUUACAAUAUAUGUCACAGAGCGAGUUUGAGCACCGAUCGAGUUAUUUUUCAGUCAUAGUCCAAAUUAUUGAUGUACAUACUUUUUUUUGCAUAUGCAUAUAUUUACAUUAAUUAAAGGUAUCACACAACAAUUUCCAGCUCAAUUGUUUCAGUCUGUUUCAAUGAAAUUCGGGAAGUGGGUCACAUAAACACAAUCAUCAGCAUCCUUAACAUCUAUAAAAACACAUUUAUGUAAGAUGUUCCUGAUUGGGAUGACAUCAACAUUUUCCAUUCUGAAAGAAAUAAAAAGAAAAUGAGGUAGGAAAUACAAAAUGAGGCCAUUUUUAAGAUGCGGAACAAAACAAAAGAUCUCAAUAUCGCUGUCCAUCUUUUAGCCAUAAAGUAAUUAAGUUCUUUUGUUUUAUUACCAAAACCUACAUUUAUAUACAGGUAUAUUUGUAUUUCUUAAACAAUAAUUUGUACCCUUGGAUAAUGCUAUUGAUCCAAGUUCUUAUUUCAACGUACACUGUGAAGUUAGCAAAGUUGCUGCAUUGACAUAUUAUUGCAUUAAUAGAUGAUUGUGACAGUGUAGUGGUUAUAUAGUCAUCAACAGUAAAUACAUGACGCAUCUUGUGUUCUGAUGUUUCAAUACUCCAACUGCCCAAUUGUACCGUAGCUAUUAGGAGACCCAUUAUCUGGAUGGUUGGUAGAAAUCGGAUCAAACAAAUUCUGAUGCUUGGUAUGUAAGUGUGAUAUUAAAAAAAAGAUUUUCCAAAAGCAAAAACUUAACUGCACAAUUAAUUUAUCCAAUGGUUUAAACACAGAUAGGACAUUUGACAUGUUUGUGUACCUUGGCUUCUGCAUGAUCUGAAGCUGCUUCUGGAUUCCUUCAAUUCCAGCUUUUUCCAGAAGGUUAGAAUCUCUUAAUGGUUCCAUGUGCACAACAAUGGCAAAGUGUUGAUCUUUGUUGCACUGGCAUAAGGCAAUACAAGCACGUUGGCAAAUGGGUGUAUGUUUCACAAAAUACUGUAUUUGACCACAUUCCCUCCUCUUCUGACUGUCUUCAUAGGUUACAGUGUAACUGUUUCUUCUGGAAACACGGCCAUAUGAUUUAGAGUGAAAUACUUCACCACGAAUGAUUGCCCUCUUAAAACUCUGGCAUCUUCCCAGAGCCAAAUCUCCAGUGAAAUCCUUGAUAUGCUGCUCUAUAGUUUCUGGGACCUCAAAGUCAGUAAAAGCACCAAGUAAAUGCACUCCAUCCUCAAGCUUUGUUGACCUUAAAUGCAUAAAAAAAAUAUCAAUUUUUUUUUUUACCAAUGGCUUAAUGUAUAUCGACCAAUAAGAACGAACUAAACUAAGGUAUUAACAGGGUUAGAAUCAUGUUACUUUUGAGUCUUAUGGACUAUGAACACGUCACUGUUAUUGAUUUUAAAGCUAAAUCAAUAUAGUAUUUGAAACAUACUACUGCCAUACAUACUUCUGUUCUUUUCCAAAUUUCAUCCUUCUGUACAAACUGUAACUAGGAGAGUCUUUGUCCAAUUUCCGCGCAAGGUCUGGAGCAAUUUUGACUGCAGAGACUGAGGAUGCUAUCUACAAAAGAUCAAAAGAAUCCUUCCAUACAUCUUAUUGAUCAAUGAGUAAAUUAAUUAUUAGACUUGCUUUUAGAUACCUUUCAAAUAUAUAUUUUAUGAGCACAGUAUUAUUGAUUCUUGCUAUUUUGAUCACCUGCAUAUCUAUGUUCUGGGUGCCAUGGAAAAGCGCAGUUAACUCCCCAUUUGCAUCCUCAAAGUCAAAAGUUGAAUUUGCCCACAGUGGUCCAAGAUUGUGAACUGAUGCAUGUAUGUGAAGCAAAUUAUGGAUAUUGAUGGUCAUAUGACGCUCAGCUGAAAAAAAAAAAAAUGCAAACACCCCAUUUCACUAGCUGUAAAAGCCACCAUGGUGUCAAAAUAAUUAACUAUUAAUUGACAAAUACAUUGAUCUCAACAAAAGUUAAUGCAUGGAGGCCCAAAUGAAGCAGUUAAAUACUCACAAUAGAGGGCAUCCAUCAGCAUCACAAAUUUUGCCAGAAGGUUUCCACUCUGAUUGACUUCUUCUGGUGAAAUAGUCUGCUGAUUCACCAGCCACACACUAAAUGCAAGAAGCAUGAAGUGGUGAAGAUAAACAUCGGGAAGAACACCAACCAGGCAAGGAACGCUGUAGUAAAACAGCCAAUUUCGGUAUUCGGUUGCUGUGAAAAAAAAAAAAAGAACCAUAGGGUAUAUGUAUUACAAGAAAACAUGCCUACUUUAAACAGUACACGACUGUAUGCUCAUCUAUCACAUAUGUAGACUUAAUGGAUAUUAUACCUUUAAAAUACUUGCGAUGAGUUUCAAUAGGUCUGGGUGUUCUUGUGAUAUUCAUGGGUGGAUGGAUACUACAAAGACGCUCAUCAAUAAUACUGACACGAUCACCACAGUACCAAGGUUGGUCCUUGUGUUUUGAAUCAAACCACAGGGCCAUCAAUUGUCGUGUAACUCCCAGCAGGACCCCAUGCAUGUAAUCCAGGCAAACACCUUUACUGAUAUCAUAGUGUUUAAGGCUUGCAAACUGGCAAACACCUUUCAUCCCAUUUACCUAAGAAAAUGUAAGAAAACAAAUAAUUAUGAAAGUGCACUUUAUAGAUGUACAUGUAGAUGUCAAUUAAACUAAGGUCUACUGUACACUGUAGUGUAAGGUCGACUAGAACAGUACAUUUCGUAUUUUAUUUUUGUGUUAAAUGUUUCAUAUGUAUUAGUCAUAGUUUUCUAUGUAGGUUUCUAAAUCUAAGUGAAAUUACAAAAAUUAAUGCUUAUAAGGCUCCUUGAGGUAUUGAAAAUUCUUGUGAUGAUUCAGAAACCCCAUUAGAAAAUGACAAUAGUAUAAUACAACUUCGACACUCUGUGAAUGUAGGGUCUUCAAUGUGCGAAAAAAAACAACAAAAAAACAAACACUAACACCCAGGAUAAAGGUAUAUAUGAAGUAGACUAAAUCAUUUCAUGACAUUUAAUGACAGUACACUAACUUACAGGUUUUCCUCCUGAUGUACCCUGCAGAAACUGCAAGCCAUCUGCAACCAUACUUUCUUUUUGUGCGUUCUUUAGCAAGUCCAUUGUUUGAUUCAAAAUUGAAAGGAAAAACUGUAACUCUUCCCCUGUGUCCUUCUUUCACACUUGAUUUGCAAGACAUUCCCAAAACCAUGCAGUAACAGCAGCUGCAAAAGCCAUUGUACUGAACCAUCUCUAAAAAGGAACACCUUGCAGGAAGAUCAAGAACUGAGCCAAGAAGGAACACAUGACUGGUAAAAUUUCCCUUAUCUGGAAUCUCCAUAACAAGUCCUAAAAGUGUAUAUAAACAAAGUAUAUUUUAAAUUAUUUGUACAAUAACAAAAUAAUGUAUAAUCAUGUUGUUGGGACAGUGGGUCCACAUCUACUACACAUAUUACAUACACAGGACAAUGAACUCAGCUCAACUGGCCAGGGCUCAAUGUUUCCAAUAAUAUAAAAACUCUAGUAGUAAUCAAAAGUGGAUUUGAUAGGAUAUUUUGUGGGAAUACAAUUGUUAAGAGUCACCGUAAAUUCUAAACCACUGUUUUCUGUAGUCACCAACUUGGCACCAAAAACGUACACAAAUCAUGCAAACAAUGAAAAUGAUCACCGCUUGGCAGCACAGGAUGCACAAGAUUAGGAUACAUUCUCCUAAUGUCAAACUUAAUUAUGCAUCUAGUCAGUAUAAUACACUACCAUACAAGUUGGCCAGGAGAAAUCACGUACAUUUAUUCCUAGUACAGUUUGCUUGAAAACUUUAUACAAAAUUUUAUAUACACUCUAAAUAUAAGUACAUGUACAGUGUAUAUAUGUUGUGGCUGAAACUUGUUUUUAGUUUUAAAACUAUACUUUCCUUUGUCUUAUAUUUAUAACUACAUUUUAAAACAGGGAAAAUAAAAAUCAACCUUGCCAAACAAACUUUAAACCAUAAAAAAAUUUAGUUAGCCACAACAUAGACAUGAACAUAAAGCUGUCUCAGAGACACCAUGUAUCCAGGUACCUUUUGUUUCAAGGUCUUCUAAUGAAGUUCUGAAAGGUUUCAAAAGGUAGACAUCACAGGUUUUUGUCACUGAACCAGAGGCCACCCAAAAGCAUGUUCUCCAAUCGUUUCCUAUUAAUUAAAACAUGAAAACAUUAAAAUGCACUUACGAAUUUACAUUUAUCAGAGUCAGAGCUUUUUUUUCCAGCCUAGAAAAAGGAACAAUAGGGUAAGAGUAAUGAAAGUUAGUUUUUAAAUAAAAAGGGUCUGAUACGGAACUCUAUAAUAAUAUCCUUUGAUGAAAAUAAUGGUUUGGCACAAUCACAGAAAAUAGUAGUGAAAAAUGUUGUUAAAUAACCAAUGUAAUUCAGUUCAACUAAGUAUAUGUACAGUAUGUGUCAUUCCAGUCAUCAACAAGGCAACUAAUUUUUUUUGCAAUGUUUUCGGAAAUAGUAUUGUGAAUAGAGAAUACAAUGAUAAUUCCAAAAGUUUAAUAAGAUGCACUUACAAUUCACCAAUAAUAAUUUACUCUAAUUUUUACCUUUUACUUGGUGGCAACUCAUUGAUCUCAAAGUACACUGGCCAAAUACUUGAACCUGAUGAUUUGAAGAUAGAAACACCAUCUGUAUUGAACUUUAAGGAUAAGUUCUCUGGCUGAGAAAGUGGGCCAUUAUUUUCAAACAGCUUCUUGUAGAGAUGGCCAUCAUAUACAUCCUCAAUGUUGUGAGGGGAUGUCUUCUCUCGCAGAAAGCGGUACUUUAUAUCUUCCUGAAAUUCUCUUCCUAAUAUCAGAUGACAAAAAAACAACAAAGAAAAUCAAGCUUACUGGUUGAAUGAUAAAACAUCACUGCACUCUUUUAUCACAAAAUACUGUGAUUUGAGUGUCAGUCGACACCACCAGCAGAUUAUAGCUAUUAAUUUGAUGUAGCUCAAUUGCCACAGGAUGAGGUUUCUGCAUUUAUCAGAAUAAGUGCCCACCUUGAAUAAACAUCGACCUUAAAGGACCUAACAUUAAAGAAGCGCACAGGGCACUUAUUCAAAUACAUAUGGUGAGUAAGAUAGUAAGAAUUUCCACAGCCAAGGUGGGUAACACAAAUCGAGACCUUGAUAAUAUUGCUAUCAUGUGAAAACCGACUCAAUAAUAUUUUUUUUUACAUAUACAUUUAAAAACUAAAUCAUCAUUUUAGGCUUAACUUUCAGAGACUUUGAAACUUUUUGUCACAUGGAUCUUACUGGCCCAUUAUAGGACCAAAUAUUUGGAAAUAUUAUACUUCAAUAGGGGUGACUGCAUAUUUUAAGCGAUAUAUAUAUCUAGCUAUUAUCCCAGGAAGCAUCGAAAGUGGCUAAAUAUAUGAUGCUGUAGUUAAGCCAGUAUUUAUAUUUAUUCCAUUUUAACAUCAAUCACUGUUGUAUAUGUUGUAGUUUGAAAUGAAUCUUAGGUCAAAAUGAUUUCAAACUUGGUUAGUUUUGAUUUUCUUUUGUUCCAGAUUGAUUACCAUAAUCCUAAGACAAAGAAAAGUACAAAUCAAACUAGUUUGAAAUCAUUUUAACAUAAGAUCAUUUUAAACUGCAACAUAUAAAAUUAUAUUUUCUUACUUACUUUGCAUAAGCUCGUUUAGCUGACUUUCGACAGAAAGGAUGACAAAAUAUGACUUCUUCUUUGGAUCUCUCACAUCAUUGUUGCAAAUGGAGCACACAUCAGGAGUAUCACUUAAAACACCAAGAUACUCAGAGCAAAAACUGCAGUAAAAGUGUUUUGUUAUGGGAAGCUCGAAGUCAGCAAAGUACCUCUUGAGCUCACUGAGUGAGUUGACACACUUGUUGAGUGGACCAGGAAUGCAGUGCAAAUUGAUCAAAGAAAUUACGUCUGAAAGACAACUUCCAUUCAGAUUGUGAGCUACAGCCAAAGUAAGAAUCAAAAGAAUGCUUUCCGACAACAAAAGAGGCGACCCAGGGUAUACAUAUACAGGGUCUUCUUCAUCAGUCGAUUUACUCCUGAUGUGAUUAUAACUGUCUCCACGUGCACAGAAUUGGUCGUCAUCUGAAGAUGUGGAGCUUCGAUCGUCUUCUGAGAUAUCACCCAAAUCGCAUCCAGUUUUUCUACACUGUCGUCAUCAUGCGUUGAUUCCGACAAAACGUCUGACAAUUCGUGGUCUAGAUCUUGAUAACUAGAACAUGAAGCCAAGUACAUAUUUGUAAUGUUUAAAUCCGAUUCGUCCGAUGAUGCUUGACUAUUUUCGAAAACAACAUCAACAGUUCGCUUGAAACACGGUUUUUUCUUUGUUCAUCUUCAUCCGAUGAGAAGUUUGCUUUUCGCCUGUUAUGUCGGGAAACAGUGGCUUUCGGCUUAGGUAUAGCAGGGUUUCUUCGAUGCGAGUUGUAUCGACCUCUCUUCUUUCGUUUCGUCGACUCCAUGGUCAACUCAGGAAAGACUGCAGGUAGAGUGGACUGGCAUCUAAUACAUAUCAAAAUCCCCUGCUGAUUGGCUUACACCUAACACGUGACUACACAAAAUGAGCGCGAAAACUUCACAGAGGCCGUUUUCGCGCUCAUUUGUUCAUUUCGUUGUUCCUUUCGUUGUUCGUUUUGAAGAGGAUCGAGUUCGGUUUUGUCAGCUUGUUGAUUUCUGCAAUUAUGAGGAAAACAAAAGCACCUUCUCGCUUCACUGAUCAUCUUGGUAAGUCAUUUUACUUCCAAAUGUAAUUCUUGUAAGUGCCUAAAUUAAGAUUAUUGUUCUAAAACAAUGAUUUUGAGAGCUCGGCCCAUGCUUAUAUAGGAAUUAAUUAAAUUACAGGCGUGCGUUUCGCGGUUCAAUGAACGCGGUUUAAAAAAACACGCUUCUACGACCUAUAUAAACUCUUUCUAGUAAAUAUACACUGCAAUCUUUUUGCUUGAAUAAAAUAAAUUUAGGCUUUUGCAUUAUACGAUGGAGCUUGGCAAUCAAUUUUGUAGUUUUAAAUGCUGGGAAGAAUGUCGCAUAUAUGCUGGGGACAGAACACGUGCAACGUACAGCUCGCAGUCCUUUCAACCUCUUCAGAGGUUGAAUAAGACGUGCAUAAUUUUAUCGUUAUAUGUUCACCUCAUAUCUCAUAUAUAUUUCGAACUUUUCAUUCAUGCUCAAUAAUUUCUAAGAAUUUUCCAGGAUAUCAGUUGUUUCGGAUAUUGUGCAAGGAUUAAUUCGUUCCGAAGAUCAUCAUUAAUUAGGCUUUCGUUCCACUCAUUUCAAUAUUGCCGCGUUCAUUUACAAAUGUAACUGUUCGCCAAAUCUGUCAAAAUCGCUUCUUUCUCGUUUCUAUCUGAUGUUGAUAUCUUCGACUUGCUCAAUUAAUAAUCGACGGCAAAGAAAAGAGGGACUGCUUACAGUCUGGUCAUAGCCUGGUUAUUGAUUGAUAGAUUAAUUGUAUAGAUGGCACUUUUGAAAUUGGGAUCACCCUCGAUUUUUCAUUUAUCAUUGUCAAGGUAAUAAAUAAUGCAUGAUUCAUUCUUUAGCUAUACAUUCCAUCUUUGAUAGAUCUGGAUAGAUUAGUAACUGGUUUAUUCUUAAACAACAACGAUCAGUUUCUUUUCGAUCAACUUUGAUAUUUGGCUCAGGAUCAAAGCUCUUGACCAUGCACUAUAUAAGCUGAGAGCAACUUCAAGAUUCUUUGCGAAAUUUCAAUAUGUUAACUUCAAGAUUGCAUUCUUAUUAUUUAGUGUGCAGCAUACAAACUGGUUUGUCUGGUGCCAUUAAUUGAUUAUAAUAUCGUUGAUGUGUCUUAUUAUAUUUUGUUCUUUAUCGUAGACCACUACCUUGUUGUCUUCAAGGAUGACAACAUCAAAAAUAUAGUCAGUGCUGAUGAGAUUAGAAACUGUGAAAAAAUUGAAAAAGGAGCAUCUUGUGAUGCACUGUGGACGGAUGCCCAUCACAAGGACUGGUAUCCUGCAUUUGUUGUGGACAUUGGAGGUAAGACUAAUUAAAUCAUCACAAAAUAAAGGCCUGGCCAUGCAUUAACACAAACUGAUAAAUCCCAGGGUGAGAGGAAGGAGCAAAGGGCCUUCCUAAGUAGGAUUUUAUAGUUCACUGUACAUUGUAUUUGUAUUAUAAUUAUUAUAACAACAUGGCAUUGAUUUCAUUUGCCUUUAAUUUGGUGUUAUAAGCUGGAAAAGUAUACAUAACACUGAUGGGUAUAAUUUGCAAAAAGUUGUUGCAUGACAGUCAAAACAGGUCAAGUAUUUCUUUUAGUGAGCUUCCAUGUAGUGGAAUGUCAAUUUUAGUUGCACUGAAUUAAUGUAAUUUGACAUAUUAUUUCUAGACAUUUGCAUAAUCAAUUCCUGCAAUGAUUGGCAUUUCCCUUGUUUCUGUUUGCCACACAAGACACUCAAUCUUUUCAAGCCUCCCAAGAAUUCAUCUGACAUAACUAUGAUAUUCUUCCAUUUGUCUGACUUCAGUGUUUUCUUUUUAAAUGUCUGCUAUCCUACAGAUCUAGAGUAUCUGACAAAUGUCCAGCAGAGAAGAACUCAAAAGAAAAAAUUGCCAACUAAGACAAAAAGCCAAAGUAGACAAAGGGGGGAAAGGAAAAGGAAGAGAACAAAUGUCUGGUCUAGCACAGAAAAAGGAAAGACGGAAUCCGAUCCAGAAGUAAACAAAAGUGAAGACGAAUGUGAAGAAAAAAAAAAAAGAAAUUAUCUAUGGAGGCCAAGGCCAAAAAAGCCGCAAAGGCAAAAGUCAAAAGGAAGCCCUGCUAAAGCAGAGGCUUCAGCAGGCAAAGACAUUCCAAAUUAAAAACCAAAUAAGUAGCUCUUCCCAUGAAUGUUCCGAAGAGCUGAGUGACUCUGAAAGCGAGCGUGCAUGUAGUCUUCAACAGGCCAAAGUAUCUCCAAGCCAGCAGUCACAUAGCUCAUCCCUUGGAUAUUCUGGAAGCUUAAUAAUGGUUGAUUCUGAGAGUGAGCCGUUAAACAGCAGUGAGGAUGAGUACUUCCCAGGUGAUGAAGAGAUGCAUGCUGAUGAUGAUUUUGUAGGAAUGGAAGUUACUGUGCCAUACCGCUCACCGCUAAAGGAACUUUUUCAGAAGGGUAUGUCUAAGUUUUGGGCUGUUGAAAAACCUGUAGUUAGCAUUCCUACUACUUGACCUGAACAGAUGAACCUUAUGUUUUUUUUCUGAUUUCUGUUCCAAAUUUGCAUGCAAAUCCAAAACUAUCCAUAUUACUGAGAAUUAGGAACCAGAAUGGUUUAAGGAAAAUAUGCCACCAAAAUCUCAACCUUCACCAAACAAAGCACUCAUCAUUGACAAGCCCUUCUUGUGUUCUUUUAACAUAUAAUGUGCUUUAAUGUGAUCUAAUUAGCUAUUUCUUAAUUAUAACUCAAAGCAACCAAGAAAAGUGAAAAUGAUUAGUACAUGCAGUUAUCACUUGUAAGGUCCUUCCAAGUUACACUUAAGGUACUCUACACUUUUAUCCCAAUGAUGAAAUUUUAUUCAGAUGCAUGCAUACAUGUAUAUUUUGAAAGGUGAUGCUAAAGUUGCACCAAUAUCAAGGAAAGAGAAGGGAUCAAGGAAUCUGACAGAUGGAGCUCAAGGACAAAGUGAGUAUAGUAUCUAUAGUGUCUGUCCAUUGUUGUUUCAUGAUGUUAUUUGUUUUACAUGCAUAUUCUACUUGAUAUUCAAAGUGGUCUUGGAGUUGCAACAAUAAUUUAAAAGGAAGUAGAACAAUUAACAGCUAGAGAUUACCAUGAUGAAGUAAAUUUUAUUCAAGUUACACUUAAGGUGACUCUACACUCAAGUUAAUGAUCCCAAUGAUGAAGUAAAUUUUAUUCAGAUGCAUGCAUACAUGUAUUUUGUUUUGCAAGGUGCUUCUAAAGUUGUACCAAUAUCAAGGAAGGAGAAGGGAUCAAGGAAUCUGACAGAUGGAGCUCAAGGACAAAGUGAGUAUAGUAUCUAUAGUGUCUGUCCAUUGUUGUUUCAUGAUUUUAUUUGUUUUGCAUGCAUAUAUUCUACUUGAUAUUCAAAGUGGUCUUGGAGUUGUAACAAUAAUUUAAAAGGAAGUAGAACAACAGCUAGAGAUUACCAUGAUGAAGUAAAUUUUAUUCAAGUUACACUUAAGGUACUCUACACUCAAGUUAAUGAUCCCAAUGAUGAAGUAAAUUUUAUUCAGAUGCAUGCAUACAUGUAUUUUGUUUUGCAAGGUGCUUCUAAAGUUGUACCAAUAUCAAGGAAAGAGAAGGGAUCAAGGAAGCUUUUUUAUGAAACUGAUCAAGAGCAAAGUGAGUAUGCAUGGUAUCUAGCAAUCUGUCCAUUAAUUGUCUGUGUUAUAUGUCAUGGUUUUAUUCAUUUUGCACUUGCUCUACCUGAUAUGCAAUGUGGUCUUGGAGUUGUGUCAAAAGAACAAACAUCAUAUAGGCAUAUAGACUUGGUGAGGGUCCUGAGAGUGUUUUCUUUAUACAGGUUUGACUGUAGCUGUUAUGAAUAUAAUGAAUGAACACACAUGUAUGCAGGUGUAGAUCAAGUUUACCUUCACUGAAUAUAAACAUAAAACUUGUACUUAUAAUUACAAAUAUAUGUUUCUUUUUAGGAUCUCAGCCUGCCCUCUCAAGUGUGUGGACGAGAGGAAUGCCGUCUCUUGAGACAAGAAAAUGCCUCACUGAAGCAGAAAGUUUUGGAAUUAGAGCAGAAAUUGAAUGGUUAGAAUUACUGUUUAUUGUUAUCAUGUUUUGUAUAUAACUGCCACUAGAAACAUUUUUUAUCCUACAAAAAUAACAGUUAAUUGGCACACUUAAAAUUUAAUUAUUAUUCACUAUUUUUUUUUUUGAUUGUCAAUCAUUGAAAAUGAUGGAGGGUUGUGUAAUGUAUGUAUGUUUUUGAUUCAUUGGUACAGGUACCUAUUCUUAUAGGACUGUUUUGUUUAAUUUCUUUCAGAUCAGUAUAGUGAAGACACUAACAAACCACUUGCUGGAGUCAUUUCUCCAGUAAUUGCAUCAAAACACAAGGUACACAUGCCUGUACAUGCAUGCUUUAAAUAACAAGCACUCCUAGUUUAAUGUUCAAUUGUAUAUUUGAGGGCAGCUGUUUUACCAGAUGUAUUUGUUGUUUAUUUCAAGCACCCUACAUGUACAACCUACAAACCUAGUGUUCCCUAAAUACUAAGGGUGCAUCUGCUUGAUAUGAAGUCACAAUGUUAUUGGUAAUAAGUUUAACAUUCUGGGGCCGGAUUCAUGAAGCCCUCUAAACUAAGACAAAUCCUAAACAUUGUUUAUUAACAAUAGUCUAUUGUCGUAACCACAAUAGACUAUUGUUAAUAAACAAUGCUUAGGAUAUGUCUUAGUUUAGGUGGGCUUCAUGAAUCCAGCCCUUUGAUAGGUCAUCCAGAAGAAAUGUAAUUCUCUGUGAGGGAGACUUUAAAUAGGUGCGUUAAAUUUUUCUGUUCUUCAUCCAAAGUUGGGGUUUUGUUAUUAAACUUGAAGAAGAAUUCAAGGUACAGAUGUGAACAUUUCACUGUACAUUUCACUCAUUUAUUGUAUCUCUUUUUACUUAGAUGGAAGAAAUGGCCAUAGGGAGUGGGGUUUUCUGGUACCCGACCCAACGACUGAAUGCAUUGGCAGAAGGAAAAUCAGUGGGCACUAUGACAGCAUACUUGAUUGACGUCAUGUUUGACAAAAAAACUUUAAUGAUUUCAAACUUGGCAGGAGGGGGCAACUUGGGCUACAGACAGCUGUGCCUCAAAUCAUUAAAGCCAUCACAGGUACAUGUAUGCUCUUUGAUUGCAUUACUUGUCCUACUUGUUUUUCGUGCAUGUAUUAUGCUUGAUUCAUGGGAAAAAACCAGCUUUUAUUAUUGCACAAUGAAAUCUCUUUAAGGUGGACACCCAUUGGACUAGCUCUAGCUGUCCACCUUACUAGCCAACCACGUCUGUCUUAGAGAUAUGUUUGCCUUUACAUUUGGUGUCUGCUUUGAGAGAGUUGACUGCAUGUAUACCAUACACCAAAUGCAAAUAUGGCCAUCCAAGAAUUUUUUGGUCUGGGCAGGUUUUCAAGAAAAGAAAAGCAAUUGGAUAAUGAUAAAGAUCAGGUCAAAAUAAGUCAUUGUGCGUAUUUUCAGGGCCAUGUUCUUAUUUAAGAAGAAGGUAUUGGCACCCACAUUUUGGGAAAAAACAUGAAAGCGAGGCUAGUGAGGAUAUAGACUAUCUUUUCCCACACAAAUGUUUAUAAUUUCAGUCAGCCAUAACUUUGCAGCUCAAAUUUUUAAGAUGAUAUACUUAGAGGCACUUGUUCACGUGAAAUCAUUAUAAUUUCUAUGAAAACUUGGCUAAACAAAAAAAAGGCCUGACGGCCAUAUUUGCAUUCAGUGUAUAAAUCAUCUAUUAAUUAAGCUCUUUUAUAUAGUAGCAAACUGUAUUUGUUGAAGAAGAAAUGAAUUGAUUCUCCUCCUCCUUCCCUAAAAGUAAAACAACCCCUCUCAGUUCAUUAUGGAAAUGAUAUGCUACUCUUUGAUGUAAACUCCUGUACCGCUAUGACAUUAUGAGCUUUAAUUUUCAUGGCAUCAGUUAUUGUUUUGAUUUUACUGAAUCAAUGAGAAUAUUACAUAUAAUCCUAAUUAUACAAGACAUGCUUUCUUUGGUUAGUUUAAUUUCGGUUCUGGUGAAAACAAGGGGGUCCUAAUCAUGUGUUCAUGCAGGUUAUAAACAUGUGUAACACAUCUACUAUAUAUAGCAUUUAAUAUUAAGCUUUGGCAGUUGUGUGAUUGCUUUAAAUCCUUCUCAAUCUACAGCAUUUGUUCAAUCCCAGUUCAAGGAUGGGAAUGUCAUCUCCAAAGUGAGAAAAACAAUCCAAGACAAGUGCACUGCAAGCAGGAGGGGGAUAUCAAAGACAAAAUGAUUUUUUUAGAAGAUACAAGAACACAUAUUAUUUUCUUAUAUAUAUGUAUGCAUGUACAUGCGUGUGUGUUGAAUCCUCUUAUUAUCGAUAAUCAGAUUGUUGUUGGAAUUGGUAACAAACAUGUGAAUGGCAGUCUAAAUAAGUUGUAAUACAAUGACAAUUUUUUAUCAUGUUGAUUGAAAUCUUCAAUCUGCUUAUUUGUUAAUUUUACUGCUUCUUUUUUGGCCAAAUUGUUCGAAAUGCAAUCUGAAUUUGAAAAACAGUGUCAACAGCUUCCUUUGAUUGAUGUGCAUCACACUGAAGUUGGACUGUCUGAAAUGGUCUGUCAUGUGAUAAUGGUAACUAGUCUGUAAGAAUUAUAUAAGUUUUCAGUUUUAAGACAGCUAGUGUAUAUGAAGAAUUUAUGACCAGAAUACAAUUAUUUCAAUGAAAAAAAAAGGUGUAAUAUAUUUAUUGAAGAUGUAAGAUAUCAGCAGAUAUAUAUAAGUACUACAUGUAUAUCUAUAACAAUUAACUUCAAAGUACAGCAGGCGCAGCUGGUAUGUACCUAAUCAAUUUUUUUCAAAUAUAUGCCACAUAUAUGUGACAUAUAUUUGCCCUGUAUAUGCAAUGCUAUUAACUACAUAUAUGUCACAUAUAUCUACAUAUGUGUGACAUAUAUGUAAGUAACUGCAAAUGGGUUCCAAAUACCUACAUUUGACAUAUAUGUAACAUACAUGUGUUAUAUAUGACACAUAUAUGUCACAUAUAUGUGUUAUAUAUUUCACAUAUAUGUCACAUAUAUGUCACAUAUAUAUGUAGGCGCUAUAUGUAACAUAUAUGUGGUUUUGGUAAGGGGCUAAAACCAAAAUCGAAUUUUCUAUAUGGGGGAAUUCUCCAAAUCACCCCAAAUCACGCUUACUACCCAAUGAGAUAUAGUACUUCAACAUUAUCUGAAAGUUAGUCUGGUGUUCUUGCGAACGCUUGUAAAAUAGAUUGAUUAUUUUGAGGUUAUUUUGCCCCAAACAACCGCUAAUUGACCCCAGGGUCAGUUGACAUGUGCACGUCACCUUCUAGUUUUAUGCAUCGAUUUGAGCUCGUUAAAAAGGAGAAACUAACAAGAUUCUUUUAAUGUGUACCUGUUUUAAUGAAAUACACGCAAUCUUCAAAAGGAGAGGCCGUUCAAUGGGUAAUUUCUGUUCUUGAGAUCUUGUAGAUUGUACCAUGGCGUCUGUGAGUGGACCUGAGUCUAGGCCUGUUUCCCCGUGACUGCGAAAUCAGAAUAACAUCAUGAAAUAAUUCUCGCUCGAACCUUCGUAAAUGAAUCAGCUUUGCAGUGCCUUACCUGAGAUAAAAAGUGGGCCGAAUAGGAAAACAUUCUAGCGCAAUUUGGAUCCUUUGCAGCACGUAGUGCAUUUGCUAAGCGGCGAUGGUAUCAAAUGACUUUUAAUUAGUUACUCACCUCCGAUUGCGUGACCGUGCAAUUAUCGACUGUCUCCUGCGAAAAAUAAGUGCACGGGAACCAAAGCUUUCGGGAUACAGUAAAUUCAUUUUCUUGUAUGACCAGGUGUCCUUUUGUCCUAUUUUAAAAGCGGUUAACUAAGAUGAUUAGCAAACAUACUGUCCCACUUUUAACUGAAUGGUACAGUAACUGAAUGUUCUGUUCUUCUGAUUUUACCCCAAACCCCGGAGUGUUCAGAAGAUACCGUAAAAUUCCGAAAAUAAGCCCCUCCAUGUAUAAGCCCCUCCAAAUAUAAGCCCCCCAAACUCGUAACGCAAAAAACCCUCCGUUAAAUCGCCCCUCCGAAUAUAAGCCCCGCGGGGGCUUGUACUUGGAAAUUGCCCUCAAACACAAACUAAAAUAAAGGAAAAAAGGUCAAUUUCCUUCCAACUAUAAGGCUAGCCCAAUCGAUUUUGAAACGCGAAUUUCCCUCCAUAGAUAAGCUCCUCCGAAUAUAAGCUCCUCCAAAAAUAAGCCCCUCAAAAAGGGCCUUUGAAAAAUAUAAGCCCCGGGGCUUAUUUUCGGAAUUUUACGGUAUAUUUGCACUACGCAUGAAAGGCAAAUGGAUUAAAUUUUAAGGUUCAAGGCGGUUUUAAGGCAUGGGUUACCAGUGGAUUAGUCAGACUUGUCUUAAGGUGCAUUGAACAGAAAAUUACAGGCAUGAUAUCAGGAAUGAUAUGUCUGCUAUUGUAUGUCCAUUAAGUGAUUUUCCAGCAAACAUUAUUUUUUGACUUUUUUACCCCAAAAGUUUUUUCCGUUCAAUUCUUAUCUAUGAGAUCUAAACUUAGUUAAAUUUCUGUAAUUUGUUGUUAAAUGCAAUUCUGCAAACAACUAAGUAUUUAAUUUUGCGUAAAAGCUACAUGAAAUUGUACUGUUUAGCCGUAAAUCAUUAAAAAGGGAAAGCAUCAUGCUUUCUCAUUUCAAGUCUAGUAGGACUUAAGCAAUGGCAUUGCUUAAGUCCUAGUAGUUGUUCUCCAUGUCUGCUAAGGAGGAAAUAGUUUGCUCUUUUCAAGAAAUUGUCCUUGCCCAUUGCGGUUUCAAACCAAGGAUAGCAGCAAGUCUGUCGUAGUCAUAUACUGCUACUUCAGUGCAAACGAAGCAUAGGCGCACAAGUCAGCGCUUGCGUUUAGUCAGGUGCCGAAAAUGAAGUGGAAACUUAACCUAAGGGCGUCCAUGUUCGCUCCGGCUCGAAAAGGUAGAAUCAGUUGUGCAGUACAAAGUAAUGCGAAAAACCUGCGGGGGCUGGGGAAAGAAAGGCGUCUUAUUUUUCUUUGGCUUGUUCUAUUUUCGCGACGUGGUACAGGCUACGAAAUACUGAAAAGCUCAGUAUAUGUCUUCACCACCGAGAGUCACUUACCCUUAGCCGGACACGCCCCUCACGUAUCAUGUUUUGUUCCUAAAGUUAUUUCAAAGCACAGAACCAAACCUAAUCAGCGGGCGAAGGCAGAAAGGGGAAUGAGCAAACGGAUGUAACAGCAUAUUUUGCAAGAAACUGGUAUCCUUGUGCCUAUCGACUAAGGAACGAUUGAUUACUACUAGCAUUAAUAUCAGGGUCAGAAUUUGAGGGCUACAGUGGAAGGGAAGGAAGAAAAGGAAACCGCCGCGCACACCUGUUAAGUCUUUUAUAAACUUUCUCGUCCUGACGGUUUCAAAGAAGAGCGUUGUGGCUGCUAUUUAAUUUACAGUGUCUGUUGCAGGUGUCGAAUUAAUCUUACAGCAACUGGAAACGUGGCCACGCCUGCUGAAACUGAGAUUGCUUGUAGGAUGAACGGCUAUAGUUUGGAACGUUUGCUCCCUUUAGCGGGGUGGGGGGGGUAUAUUUGUUGAUAUCAGGAGUUCCGGCCUGGAUAGAGUCGUUGUAAAGCUAUUUUUGCUUCGGAGUAUCGGUUUACCGGAAGCUGAGCAAGGAAAAGUCAAUGGUGCAUUUAUGGAAUAAUAAUAGAGAUUCUUAUGGUCUAACAGUUCGAAGAUUAGACUUCUGGUAAGGUGGCAACGAUCAAGGCCCGCAUUAUAAUUCAUGAUAAUGGAAGGUCAUGAUGUGGAAAAAGCGACUGAAAUGGUGGAUGCCAUGCAAUCCUCUCUGGUGGGGGCGGCGUACCUGGCCUUAACGGUUGCCCCUGCGACAGAAGGCAAGCAUGCCCAGAUUGUCCACGGGUUGCUAAAUGAGACCGUCCCUUUCUUAGUAUCCGUUCCCUGUCUUAUAAUUAGACCCGGGCAAAUUUCUCGAGAUUGCACCAUCAUUUUGGGCUUAAAGCUUCCAAAGUCCAACAAUAAUAUAAUAGCACAUGUUCGCGACGGUUUUUAAAGUCAGUCAAGUUCUUAAACCAGGCCUUAAACGGCCAGUUUUAAGUGUCGAUAACAGUUAAAAAGGCAUACAAGCCUCGUGCAAAAGACAAUGUGAAGGAAGUGCACAUCGGUGAUGGGGAAAAAGGUGUAGCCCACAGUUAUUAAGGGUGGAUCUUUCGAAACAUUCUUAUACUCUUGGACAGAUAUGCAUUGUUUAAAGUUUUAGACAAACCAGGUGUAAAUUUAUAGUAACAAACCGUUCAAUAUACAUCAGCAAGAUUUUUGCGAAUCCUAUUUCUCGCUAGAGACUAUCGUUUACUGGCUGGUCACGUAAUCAAAGGUAACGUACUUUCCCACGUUUGUUUACUCACCUUUCGCUCAGCAAUACACUGCGUUCCACAAAGGACCCGAAUUGCGCUAGAAAUGUUUUGCUAUUCGGCCCACUUUUUAUCUCAGGUAACGCACUGCAAAGCUGAUUCACUUACGAAGAUUCGAGGGAGAAUUAUUUCUUGAUGUUAUUCUGAUUUCGCAGUCACGGGAAAAUAGACCUAGACUCAGGUCCACUCGCAGACGCCAUGCUGCAAUCUACAAGAUCUCAAGAACAGAAAUUACCCAUUGAACGGCCUCUCCUUUUGAAGAUUGUGUGUAUUUCAUUAAAACAGGUACAUAUUAAAAGAAUCUUGUUAGUUUCUCCCUUUUAACGAGCUCAAAUCGAUGCAUAAAACUAUAAGGUGACGUGCACAUGUCAACUGACCCUGGGGUCAAUUAGCGGUUGUUUGGGGCAAAAUAACCUCAAAAUAAUCAAUCUAUUUUACAAGCGUUCGCAAGAACACCAGACUAACUUUCAGAUAAUGUUGAAGUACUAUAUCUCAUUGGGUAGUAAGCGUGAUUUGGGGUGAUUUGGAGAAUUCCCCCAUAUAGAAAAUUCGAUUUUGGUUUUAGCGGUAAAUUGUUGUAUUUAUAAGCAUUAUGCAAAUUACGUUUCAAAAUUCUGCUCGUUCGUUGAUAUUUUAUACUCUAAAUCUAAAAAAUGUGCCGUUCAGAAAUUGUUAGAUAUCUGCUUUUUGAGAUUUAAGUGGAAGGUUGCCAAUAUAUUCGCUCGUUUAUGAAAGUCAGCUUAAUUCUGUCACUGGGCUAUUUUCCCGAGUUCGGCGGCUAAUUUUAGGCCCGCUGACCGUUGAAAUCGAAAAUCUCAAAUAAUUCCCAAACUCGGCCGCAUUUUGAAAUUUAAACCUCAGCAGUGUUAUAAACUCAUUAAAACCUUAUUACAGACUGAAAAUGAGGGUAAGUUAGGUUUUUUUAGGUGUGGCCACGAUUUGCCGAUUUUGCUCGAUUUUUCUGUGCAUUCGCUCUUAAGUCCUUGCGUAGCGUGUACGUCAGCAAUGACGUUGCCAUGGAAACCGAAUUUUGACAGCCGUGUGUACAAAAUUAGCGUUUCCUCUAAAACCUGAGGUUUUAUUUCUAUGUUUACUAAUUGUAUCAUUAUAGUUAUCACUUAAUUUAGCAUUAUUUACAUAUUAUUAGUCACAUUUUAUUGACAACAUGGAAGCACCUGGUGCCAAAGUAAGAUGCGCUGGGUGCGAUUGUCGAAAGAGCUUAUUUUGCUUUUUCUUUUGCAGGUUUUUUUUGUUUUGUUUGUUUAUAUAUUUAAUAUUUUUCCAACUAACAUUUUCCCCUUUCCUUCUACUUCUUGCCACUUCCUUCUUCUCUCUCUCCCAUUCCCCACUUCGGCAUUACGUAAAAAGUAUGCAGGGUUAAAAAGCAUACUGAUGAAUUAACAUAGAUCUGUUUCUGACCGUUUAGUUCCCCUUGGUUCGAUUCAAGAACUGCCAGCUGAAACUUGUGACGAAAUAAAGAGGAGUGAAGGACACGCUGUUAGCAAGAAAUACUGGUUUUCCACUGUAAAAUCUGGUACAUCUGUAAUGGCUUAUUGCAAUAUGAAGACCAACGGUGAGUUUGGUCAGACGAGUUAUAGAUAAUCGGCGAGUGAAAGGCUUGAUGUUAAGUUUUUCGAUAUUUUAUCAUGCCUCAUCGCUGACUAAUUUUUAGCGGGAGAUGUAAACUAAUCAUGCAAACACAAACACAAAAAAUAUGAAAAAAAAAAUUUUGAGCAAAAAAUAUCAUGUUAGAUAGAAAGGGUUAAUGCCGUUCAAUAAUGUUUGUUUGUGUAGACAUUGACGAAUGCAGUGUUUCCCAUUCUGUAUGUGACAUCAACGCCAACUGCUCCAAUACUCGUGGAUCUUAUUACUGCACUUGUAAGGCAGGAUACACUGGCGAUGGAAAAACUUGCCAAGGUAAUAUAAGAUACUUUAGCUAAUUUCAACAGGACUGAAUAUUUCCAUUAAGAAAGUGUUUUUUAAAUAAAUUUUGUUCUUCUUAGACACUGACGAGUGCAGUGCUUCUCCUUCUGUAUGUGACGUUAAUGCCAACUGCUCCAAUACUCGUGGAUCUUAUUACUGCACCUGUAAGACAGGAUUUACAGGUGACGGAAAAAAUUGCCAAGGUAGGAGAAAAUACUUAAGCUUAUAA